CGAUUAGUCGUAUUCUGGUUCCGGUUUUAGGGUUCUUUGGCACAAAAAACAAUUCUGAAAUAAAUCUCAAUCUCCUUUGUAUUUGUAGGGUUCCCUUUUCUCUCUCUUUAUCUUCUUUUCGCCUUCUCUUCUCUUUGGCUUUGAUCCAAAUAAUCCUUCUUCAUGUGCUCAAUUAUUUUGCACACGUUUUUUUCUUCUUCAUCUUCCCUUUUUUCUUCGGGUUAAGUUUCGAGUUUUAGUUUGAGAAAGAAAUAGUGUUUCAAGUUUCAAUCUUUUCGUAUUGGGUUCUUUUUUCUCCUCUUUGAAUCUUUUUCUUUUUCCUAUUUUUCUCUUUUUGGGUUUUCUUCGGCUUCGUUUUCAUGGUGGGUAUGGAUGGGUUUGGAGCUGGGGGUGAUGUUGGGGGAGUUCCCAACACACAGGAUCUUAGGCAACUGGGGAGUGUUCCCACAGAGGGUGCAGUUUUUGAUGCAUCACAAUAUGCAUUUUUUGGUCAAGAUACUGUCGUUCAAGAAGUUGAGUUGGGAGGUUUAGAAGAUGAUGAUGAUUUGCCUGAGUCGAAUGAGGAGGAGUUCAUUCUCCAUAGAGAAGAGGUUGAGGAUCUAAGAUCACUUUCCGAUAUUGAUGAUCUCAGUACUACUUUUUGGAAGUUGAACAAGGUUGUAAGUGAACCAAAAAGUGCAGGAUUUAUUGGUGAACAGGGAUCAAGAGAAAAUUCUGCAGCUGAGUGGUCACAAAAGGAUGAUGUUCUUAACUGGUAUGAACAGAAUGCUUAUGACAAUGAAGGUUCUCUGGAUGGCAGAAGAAUGUCAUCACAGCCUCAUUCUUCUCUUUCUCAGUUACAUGAACCAAAGCCCUUGUACAGAACAUCCUCAUAUCCUGAGCAGCAAAGGCAGCAGCAACAUCACCAGCUCCAACCUAGUGAAUCAGCUCCCAACUGGUUUGAUCAGCAUUUAUACGGUACUGAAACUACUCAGGAUGGUAAACGGUGGUCAUCACAACCACAUUCCACCAUUGCACACUUACAAGAGUCUAGGCCCUUGCAUAGAACCUCUUUAUAUCCCGACAAGCAGCAGGAAGUUCCACAUUUUCCUAGUGAACCAAUUUUGGUACCAAACUCCUCAUUUACUUCUUAUCCUCCACCUGGUGGCAGAUCUCAACAGGCUUCUCCAAGUCAUAAUGCAGGUCACUUAAACAUUCCUUAUCAUUCCGUAGGAGCUCAGAUGGCACUAUCACCACAAAACAGAUCUCAUUUCUCCAAUUCUCCAUUACAGAUGAGUGGACUAAACCAUGGGCCACCUUUUGGUGGAAACAUGCGCCAAUUUCCUACUGGUUCCCCUCUUAAUCCGAUAAUACAGAAUCAAUUGGUUAACCAAUCAGGGUUAUAUCCUGGAGACCAUCCCAAUAUUUCCUCAGGUAUACCCAUGAUUAACAAAUAUGACCAGAUGCUGGGGCUGAUGGAACUGAGGGAUCAAAUGCCAAAAUCAGCUCAAAUGGGUAGACAUAAUCUCCGGUUUCCCCCACAGGGUUUUGAUAUGAGUGGCCUGAAAAGCAAUAUUGGAUGGCCUCGAUUCAGGUCUAAGUACAUGACUACUGAGGAAAUUGAGAACAUUCUUAGAAUGCAGCUUGCAGCAACACACAGUAAUGAUCCAUAUGUUGAUGAUUAUUACCACCAAGGCUGUCUUGCAAAAAAGUCUUCUGGUGCCAAAUUGAGGCAUCACUUUUCUCCAGCCCAAAUAAGGGAACUUCCUCUACGCCCCUCUUCUAAUUCUGAACCACAUGCUUUUCUUCAGGUUGAUGCUCUAGGGAGGGUUCCAUUCUCUUCAAUUCGCAGGCCCCGUCCUCUACUGGAAGUUGAUCCUCCUAAUUCCUCUCAUGGAGGUGGCCCUGAGCAAAGCAUUUCAGAUAAGCCUCUUGAACAGGAACCGAUGCUUGCAGCUAGGGUCACAAUUGAAGAUGGUCUUUAUCUUCUUCUUGAUGUAGAUGAUAUUGACCGUUACCUACAGUUUAAUCAACCUCAAGAUGCUGGUAUGCAGUUAAAAAGAAAACGACAGGGUCUUCUGGAAGGACUUGCUACCUCACUUCACUUAGUUGAUCCACUUGGAAAGAAUGGACGUACAACUACACUUGUCGCAAAAGACGACUUUGUUUUUCUCAGGAUAGUUUCUCUACCCAAGGGUCGAAAGCUACUUGCUAGGUACCUUCAACUGCUUUUUCCUGGUGAGCUAAUGCGAAUAGUCUGCAUGGCCAUAUUUCGGCAUUUAAGGUUUCUAUUUGGUGGCCUUCCCUCUGAUCCAGCUGCAGCAGAAACUAUUAGUAACCUUGCAAGGGUUGUUUCAAGGUGCAUCCGUGAAAUGGAUCUCGGUGCAAUAAGUGCUUGUCUAGCAGCUGUUGUUUGUACUUCUGAGCCACCUCCCUUACGACCCCUUGGAAGUUCUGCUGGAGAUGGGGCUUCCCUAAUUCUAGUAUCUGUGCUUGAGAGGGCAACUGAACUUCUAACCGAUCCUCAUGCUGCUAGCAAUUACAAUAUUGCAAAUCGUUCACUUUGGCAGGCUACAUUUGAUGAAUUCUUUGGCCUUCUGACCAAGUAUUGUGUGAAUAAAUAUGAUAGUGUCAUGCAAUCAUUCCUUAUACAAGGGACUCCAAAUAUGGCAGGCAUUGGUUCGGAUGCUGCAAGAGCUAUUAGUAAGGAAAUGCCAGUUGAACUCUUACGUGCAAGUCUACCUCACACUGAUGAUCGCCAGAAAAAACUAUUACUUGAUUUUGCUCAGCGCUCUAUACCUGUAGUUGGAUUUAAUAGUAAUUCUGGGGGUCAUGAUCACCAUGUGAAUUCAGAGUCAGUGCUGAGUUAAUUAGACAAUUGGACAUUCAUCUUUGGAGCUGUUCUCAAAAUACGGUGACAGUAAAUUUUAUAGGGACAACUUUGUGUGUCUGAUUACUUUGGAACAGUCUUAUGUGGAAGGAUCAGGUGCAUCUUCCUUAGAAGUUUUAGCCCCUUCAUAUUUUGUUAUGUUUUGGUAAUGCCAUGUAGCAUUGUGAUAAAUUUGCAAUCAGGCCCUUUGUGUAUUAUGAUAGACUUGGCUUGAUUUGUUCCUCUUGUCUCGUCUUUUUUUCUUUUGACAGGGGAGCUUAUUGUUGCUCAGUUUGUGGUUUCUAGAGCACAGUAGUGGGUAGUAUGUCCAGAUUUAGGUUUAAGUUGGAUUCCCAUGUUCCAUUAUUAUUACCAUACAAGCAUGGGAUUGUGGUUGUGUUCAUACUCCAUAUCUACCUUUAUAGAUAUCACAUGUCCAAAUUGAAGUAGCAUUGUGGGGUGCACCUAUUUAACCAGUCAACAAGGUGGCAUUGGCAUGCCUAAGAAUAAAGUAUGUUAAACCUUGUUUCGUGGUUUUUCAGUUUCCUCUCCUUGCCUUUUCGUUGGUGUAGACAUAAUUUUGUAUCAUCAUCUUUCUUGUUUGUCAAGUCAAGUGGACUAUUAUUGGAUCUAUCAUUUUUAUCCCACGUUGGUUUCUCUUGUUUCUCCUUA